UUGGUUGGAGAUCGCCGUAGUGCUUUUUAGAGCGGUUUGUUGUGGAGAUAGGCUGCCCCGUGAGUAGAUGUCAAGUUGAAAACACUGAGGCCGUGUACAGGUUAAGUCCAUGGGAAAAUCUAAUCACGCGUGCGAAAGUGUGGCAGUGCUUGCUUAAAAAGGAAUUCUUGUUUCUUACCCAGUUCACUAUUUGCAGUUGCAAACUUCCGCCUUUUCUGAUUGGAAUAAUGAAAAUGAAAAGUUUAUGAGAUUGAAAGGUUUCAAGACGCAUUAAAUACGAUAUGGCGAAGUGUUCUUAUUGUCAUAAUAGUGGAGAAAGCAAAGAGGACUUGUAUGUAGUGUGUUCUUCGUGUAACAACAGCGUACAUGUCGCGUGUUUGAAACGUAGUGUACCAGGUGGGCUACUUGGGGACAAUUUCUUUAAUUUUGUGUGCGAGUCCUGUAACUUAGAGGAUUGUGAACAGAUCACUAGGCAAAAAUUAUCAUG